AUGGCGCAUGGUCAACCUUUGGUUUCCUCCUAUCAGUUGACCAUAUCCAAAUUAGCUAAACAACAGUUGUGUGAGCCAGCAACUCAUGAAUUAGCUAACCCGGUACUUGUCCAUUCAACAUUAUCACGGGGAACUUUGGAUUCUUCCCUCCGUGGAUGGCAUUCCGAGCAUUCGUUUCACGCCUUGUGUUACCAUCCAAUGGCACCCAUUCCUAGAUCUGAUCUAGACUUCACUUUAGGGACCAGGAUAGUAUCACAAAAAUUGGGCUGGGAGUAUCAUGAAAUACAGUAUGUCAAACGUCCAAAGGGUUAUACUCAAUGGGGUGUUGAGGUCUUAAACAAUCAUUAUUUUAAUCUGCAAGGGGGCGAAGAAAAUACGGACUACAUUCGUGGCACCAUUUAUUGUUCCCUUUGCGAUUAUUCUGUCAGCCCCUCUUUGCUCCACUCUUUACUAGAGAGGUGGAGUCCUCAAACCAAUACUUUCAUGCUCUUAUGUGGCGAACGCACCAUCACUUUGCUUGAUAUGUUACUUAUGGCUGGGCUGCCUAUAGUUGGCGAACCCUACGAAGAAUAUAUCCCGUCACUCACUAAGUUAAAUCCUUCAUUACUCUUGUACCCCAACUUUUUAUUUGAUCUUUUGGAUAUGUGGGAGGUUCUUUCCACCGAAAGCAAGCAUAAAGAAAAAUUUGGUACUUUCCAGGCUUGGUGUGAUUAUUUCCACAACAAGCGGGCUGAUUUUUCGCCAUCCGCCAGUCUUCGUAAAAGUCGUAUGUAUGUCGCAGCUUUUGUCGCGCUUUGGCUUUGCUGCGUUGUGGUCGUUGGUGAAGGGCCGUUUAUUCGCCUUGGCGUCCUUGUCAUGGCGUCUUGGAUUGCUUUAGGGCGGAAGAUAUCAUUGGCACCCCCUGCGCUUUCCUCCCUAUAUCUUGCUCUUCGUCGUAUCAGCACAAAUCCUGUUGGGCCUUCCUUUGAACAGACACCUCUGUCUAUCCACUAUAUUAUUGGAUGGAUGCAUCUUUAUCUGAAGAAAGCUUUUGGGGCCAAAGGCAAAGGGGAAAAACUUCCUUCUCCGAAGAGACUUCCUAUGCAACUGGCUAUGCUAAGCACCAUGUUCCGACCACCCAAGGUCUUUUCCCCAGAGACCGCAUGA